CUUUGAUAUGAGUAAAAAGAAUACUAAGCGUAAAUAAAACAACAAGGUAGAGAAGGACGACGAUUACAGCGACAUCUUUGAGGACAUCCAACCUGUAUUGCCAAUUAUAAAAAAAAAAUCAAAAGAGCAACAACAAACAAACUAAAUUCAGUUUGAGUCCAUUCGCAACCAAGAAUAGGCUAAUCUCAUUCGAUGCCCAAUAGAAUCCAUCAAUAUUGAAUAAGUUGAUUAUUCCCACCAAUAAUUUAGAUUCUGCAGGACAUUUUGUAUGAGUCUUCCAAAGAGUCCCAAUACUCCAAGACUCUCAAGCAAAUACUUCUCAUGGGACAACGAGAAUUGAAAGACAAACAAAAAUAUUACUAAUUUAAAUGGCAAUCAUUAGGUCACUCAAAUAUCAAUCGCUAAGAAUAUCAACGACAAGAGUAGAUGCUCAAAGAACAAUAAUCCAAAGACAUUGCUGAAAUUCAAAAUAAUGUUAUUGCUGAAUUAGGAAGGAAGAGAGUCAAAGGAUUUCAGUAAAGAGAAGAUAUCCUGGAUGAAUUUAGAAUUAAUUUUAUGAAGAAAAGACAUCUCACACCCGAUGGACCUGUGAUGGAGGAAUUCCAAUUUUAUGUCGAUCCUGAAGAAGCUAAUCGAUUGAAGAGAGAUCAAAUUUAAUUGUUGGAAAAACUUAUGGAAGAAUCACAUCUGAUUCCAGAAAAUCAUCCAUUAGAAUUGAAAAGAUACUAUAGUUAACCAGAAAAUGCAGGACACCAACCACGUUAUCUACAAAGAACCUAAAGUAAUUAUAUUUAAAAGUAUUAUCUACAUAUAAUCUUAGUAAUAAUGAAUAACAUUAGAGUGAUAUUUAAAAAUUACAAAUAUUUCCAAAAUUGCAGAUUGACAAAAUCAUUAAGGAAAAGAUGGAAAAUAUGACACCUAAGAAAAUUGAAGUAAGUGUUUCUAAAAUAACCCAAGCUUGAAGGAACUGCUCAAACUUGAUGAGUAAGAUAUUCAAGUCAUUCCCAGAAAUGUUAGAGUCAUGCUUUUAGAUUCCAAAUCAGAUGAAUUAUACACCGACAAGGAUUUCCAAUUGGAUUAGGCUGAAAGAUAUAUCGAAGUCUUUAAUUAAUUGAAGGUUUUUAUUUUUUAUUUUACAUCAAUAGAACCAAAACUUCUAUGAAUUGGAUUUGGAAAAGAUGUUAGAACUUACAAUUUAUAUUGUGAAUAAUACUCAUUAUCAGCAAAAGUUUAAGUUGUCCGAAGACAGAAAAUAAGUUACACCCAGAGAAUUGUUGAAUUAUAUUGAAAAAUUAUAAAGAUUAUGA